AUGGUCGCUCCCAUAGUCAAUACCGGAAUUCAGACAGCGAAGUAUUGCAAUGUGGCUGGUCUAGGAGUUUUGAUUUUUGACUAUUUCUUAACGCUCGAACCUGAGGUUCGAUUGACGUGGAACAGGCGCUGGAACGUCACUCGUAUUCUUUUCGUAAUUUCACGCUACAUGGCCUUUGUAGCAGCUGGUAUGACUUCAUAUGCUGCCAUUGCUACACGAGCGAAUGAGGACUGCUCGCACUUUGGCCAGGCUUCAAAUGCAAUUCACAUCAUCAGUAUCGUCGCUGCUGAAGGUCUUUUGAUCAUUCGUACAUAUGUAUUCUGGAAACAGAGCAAAAAGCUCUUGGCAGUGUUACUGGUCCUAGCAGUAAUUUCCAUUGCGUGUGCUGUCAGUAUCACAGAUGUUGUCAGUAAUCUAUUAGCAGCACCUGUGGACCCUUCAGACGGCAACCUUGGUUUUAAAGCUCCCCCCACAAGCAACUGCACUUUUCAAGCAGGUCGCAGCAGUGCCGUUCAAUACGGCUUUCUUAUAGCAUACGAAUCGUUGCUGAUGUCUUUAAUGGUGUUCAAGAGAUAUCAAGACUACAAAGAUUCUGACAGUCGUCUAGUGAGAGCCGUCUACCAGGGCGCAGUGCGGUAUAUGACUGCCAUAAUUUUUGUUUCUGUGAUCAAUAUAGUGAUCAUGUCCGUGGUUCCAGCAUCAUAUAACAUGAUGAUGGACGUGCCACAGCUUGUCCUGCACAGUAUGUUGGCAUCCCGUGUGCUCUUUGGAUUGCGUGAAAGUGACCAGGAUGAAUCGAAUGGGGGGACAUUACAGAUGUCGACAUUUCGUCCAGCUCAGCGCCACCAAUACACUUCAUUUGGUUGA